AUGGCGUCCGCAUCUGUCUACUACAAGUUCAAGUCGCAAAAAGAGCCUUCGCGCAUCACGUUCGAUGGCACAGGCAUCUCAGUAUGGGACCUCAAGCGCGAGAUCAUCCUGCAAAACAAGAUGGGCAGAGGCACCGACUUUGACCUCGGCGUCUACAAUGCAGACACCAAUGACGAGUACAAGGAUGACAACUAUCUCGUUCCCAGAUCCACACAGGUCAUCGUACGCCGCCUGCCUCCAUCCAAACCCGGUCGCGGCACUGCCCAAGACUACGUCACCGAUGUCAAUGGUGCUGCGGAUACUACAGGCGCAAGUCGCUUCUCCACUACAGCCAACGCUUCGGGCGUCAAGCCGACUGAUGCCCGCUCUCAAGGCUAUCGUGGCCCCAUGACGAUGAGGUUCGAUAGCAGUGGCAGGGAUCCCAGCUCAUCGUCGUCUAUCGGCGGCCCUAGCACCAGUGCGGGUGGCAGCGGCGGUGGUGGCGAACCUUCAGUCGCGGCGACAGGCGACGAGGCUGACCGCAUCGCUGCCAUGUUUCAAGCUACCACCGAGCAAUGGGACGAGACGCAAGAGCGCAUGUCGCACGCCACCUACCGCGAUCGCUCUGGCCAAGUGCGUCGAGGCGGCCCUCCACGACCCAUGACGACGCAGCGUCCUCAGCACGUCCCUGACCGUCCACCUCCCAUCGGUUACGUCUGCUUCCGCUGCGGAAAGCCGGGACACUGGAUCCAAGACUGUCCCACCAACGAUGACAAGGAGUAUGACAACCGUCCCCGCUUCAAGCGCACCACCGGCAUCCCCAAGUCCAUGCUCAAGACCGUCGAACAGCCAACCGAUGAAGACCACCGCGCUGGCGUCAUGCUCACCGCCGACGGCACCUACGUCGUUGCGCGUGUAGACCAAGAAUCGUGGCGCAAGAACCGCGUCCGCACCAAGCCCCUCACCCAAUCUGACGUCUAUCAAUCAGCACCCACAGACACUUCACUCGCUUGCCCGCUGUGUUCUAAGCUGUUGCGCGAUGCCGUCGUGACGCCGUGCUGCAAGACCAAGUACUGCGAAGAGUGUAUCCAGACCCAUUUGCUGGAGCACGAAUUCACCUGUGCCGAGUGCGACAAGCGGAUUGCAGACCUCGAACAAUUGCAACCCGACCAGGAGACGCGCAAACGGGUCAAGGAGUACGUCAAGGAGACGAUCGAGCAGAGCGAGAAGGAGAUCCAGGAGGAGAGCAGCAAGACUGAGCUACCAAACUCGAACGAGAAAGCGGAAGGCGGCGCAGGUUCGCCAGCUGCGGGACGCCAACGCACACUCAGCCCGGGAGCAUCUCACAACGACCAGGACGAGCAAAGAAACAAGACCAACUCGCAAGCCGAUAGCGUUCUGGCGUAUGGUGACGGCAGCGAUACUGGCAACGGCAGCAGCAACGGUAGCAACAACAGCAACAACGGCCAGGGCCCGGGCGCAGCAGGACAGGCUGGAGGCAUGGUGUUCAACCCGCAGAUGGUGCAGCAAAUCAUGAUGAUGCUUCAGAACCCGCAGCUUCCUCCGCCAAUGCGGAUGCAGCUCCAGAUGCAGUUACAGAUGCAGCAGUUUGCGUUCAUGCAGCAGAUGCAGCAACAGCAAGGCGGCGGCGGUGGAGGCGGUAUGAACGGCAUGUCGAUGGGUCAGAUGGGUCAAAUGGGCAUGUUGCCUGGAGGCGCACCAAACGCGUCGUGGGGCCAGCAGCAGGCAGGACAGGCCACCAACCCGUUCAGCCAUCGUGCCCCUCCCACCAACGAACAUUCGGCCUACAUGCGUGUACCCGUCAACCAGGCCAGGACCAACAAGGUGACGGGCACCAAACGCGAUCGACCCGCCGACUUUGUCGAGGUUGGCAGCAAGGGGGGUGACGCGAGCAAGUUGCCUCGCACCGAUUGA